UCUUCUCAAACACACACAGCCCAGCCUUAUGCCUCUCUCUCAUCUCCUCCACCUUUGUUUUCUGAGCAAACUCAGACCGGCGAGAUCUUGUGAGGCGAAAUCGACGGCGGCCGCGUGCAACAGCUGCCGAUCUCACCGGACAACUGACAGCCCCUCUCUCUUAUUUUUUAAAUUAGAAAGAAACCCUGGUUUAUAAUAAGAGACAGACUAGUCUAAAUCUAAAUCUAAUACACAGACACAGCCGCAAAGCAAAGCAAAGCAACGCUACUAUGGAGAUUUGGACAUUGUCUUUCCCUGCCGAUAGUCCGCCGCCUCUACCGGUGAUUGUGGCUGCCAAGCUUGCCGGCCUUGCUCUUCCAAUCGAUACUUCCCUACCUCCUAACUCUACUCCCACGCUUCUCUUCUCUAAUGGGCAUAAAUUACAUGGAACAUAUGUGCUUCUUCACUAUAUUGCUCGUGUUGCUAGCCUUCCCAAUUUCUAUGGACAGAAUGCAUAUGAAUCUAGCCAGAUUGAUGAGUGGCUGGAAUAUGCCCCCGUCUUUUCAUUGGGUCCUGCAUUUGACAAAAUUUAUGUGAUGGUAGUAGUUGGAGUAGCCAAAUUGAAAAGGAAGUUUCAACUACUCAUGACUCUGAGAUAUAACCACUUCAGUCCCAAGUUUUGUUUUCCACUUGCAAGUUGAUGACACCUGAGUUUCUAGCUGACAUCAAGUUGAUAGUAUUUAGCUGGAAGAGCUUGUUUUUCUCUUACUGCCAAUGUAGCUGGACUGGAAGUGCUUGGUUGGACCAUUUUAGCUUUUGCCCAAAUGGGUCUGAGCUAUUUGUUUGUUGGUUGGUCUCACUGGGAAUUAGAGAGGAAAGGAAUUCUCUGGCAUUUCACCAUACUUGUGGUCAAAUUGAGUUUGUGCUACUAGCACUUUGAGAGUAAAGCAGAAAAAUUUGUAAAGUAUAUCAUGACUUGUAGAUGAGGUGAAACUAAAAGCAGAAGUGCAGAAAAUUGAUUGGAAAUUGUAGCCUUGACUUCCCUCAAUUAUUAUUAUUUUUUUUUUUUUUUGUAAAAAGUGGCUUUUUUUCCUCUUUUGCGUAACCAGUGGCACUUAGUUGGUGAUUUGUGUACAAGUGCAUGGUAGCAUUGAUGUUUUUCAGCAGAUUAUCUUUGAUGAUGUAAUGAAUGGAAAUGUAAUGAAUGGAAAGUGUUAUUGAUCAUGUAUUUUUCAAGCUA